GAGCGUUUCCAUUGCCACAGCGCAAACGCCAACAUCCAUUCCCCUUUUUCUAGAGAGAGAGAGAGAGGAGAGAGAGAGGACAGGAGGAUCUUCCUUUCUUUUUCUCCCCACCUUCCUCUUCAUUCGUCGCCUCUUUUUUUAUCACAAAUUUCUAGGGUUUCGAUCUUAUUCGUGUUUUAAUGGCGAAGAAGAGGAAAUCCGACGCGAAUCGCCUCGACGAGGUCGAGCGAGGGAUGUACUCGACCUUCUGCAGCGCGGCGAACUCGCUGUCGCAGAUCUACACGCAGGCCAUGAAUCAGCAGAAGGUCUCGUUUCAAGCCGGAGAACGGCACGCCUUGGAGAAACUGUAUCAGUGGAUAUUGAGACAACACGAAGAAACAUCAAGAGUGACAGCAGCUGAUAUAGUUGCCUACUUACAGCAUGAAAUAGAUUACGGAGGAGAGGAUUCAUCAAUAUCUCCAAGGUAUCAAGCUUCUGCUUCGUUCGCUCAAGCAACGUCAGCUGGACUUGGCCAUCGAGCUGCUCACAUUGAUCAAACAAAGAACUCUGUCUUCUCAAAUGCUCUUUCAAGCCCCGUUCGCAGAAGUCUACAAUCUUAUCACCUGCCUCAGGGAGGAGGUGAAUCUUAUCCUGAUGCUGGUAAUGGAUCUCGAAACCAUGAAUCCAACUCUUUUAAUCAGAACAAAGAUCCCAAUUCGAACGAUUCAUCUAUGGAUAUGCAUUCAGAUAGCCCAUCUCAUGACUCCUAUUGAUUGAAACUUGCUAAUCAUAAUUGCCUCAAAAGUCUACAAUGCGGUUUCCCCUAUGGAAGUCAGCAGCAACAACAAGAUGAUAUAGGGAAGGUAUGCUAUGAAGUGCUUGAUGAAAGUUUUAUUCUUUCCUCGUGUUGAAGUUGUCGAAUAUGCUUUUUGCGUUCGUUUGCUUCUGCCUAAUUCACUGUACAAAGCUGUCAUGAGCAUUACUUUGGUUGAACUAUUUGCUCAGUUGAAACUUGGUUUCUUAUCUAUUAAACUUUCAUCGUGUGCCAAAACAUGUGGUGUGGUGUUUAGCAAUCAAAUUAUUAACAAGCGUAUGCAAGUUGCUAAAGUUU